AUGGUCUGGAAGGCGCUCUGGCUCGCAGAAUUGGAGCGCGCAAUGAUCAGCCGUCUCUUGCAAAGUCAAGUCUGGCAUAAAAUGGUCGGUCGGGUCUAUCAACGUGUUCAAUAUCAUCGCCAUGGUGUGCCGAUGGAAGAAAGCCGAACAACGCUAUCCGACGGCCAGUUCAACCGGUUCCUGAAGUAUUUCAAGGAGGAAUUGCAAGACCAAGCAAAGGGGAAGCCUCCGAACAAGCUGUGA